CACCUCGCGUGGUAUAUAACCACCACUCCACCAACGAGUCAGAAAGAGAGAGAACAGAAGAGGGCAAGAAUUCCACGAAAAGAUCAAUCAAAAAGCCAAAGCGAAGCGAGAGAAGGAGAGAGAGAUCCAAAAAGCUCGCCACUAACCUCUAGCUGCUCCCCGCUUUUGGUUUCGGAUUCGCGUCGCGGCGUGCGUGUGCUGAGGAAUCGAGUCGAGCUAGGGAGGGAGGAAGGUGGCUGGCGCGCGGCGGCGGCGGCGGCGAUGGACGGCGACGCGAGGGCGAGGAGCGGCGAUGGCGCGGGGGCGGGCCCUGGUGCUAGUGGCGCCACGACGUCGUACAUGAGCAUUGACGGCGAGGAGAAUGGUGGCGCCGGCGGGGCGAAGGUGUGGGUGCUCGUGCUGCUCUUCUCGCUGAUCGUGCUCAUGCUCUUGCCGUCGGCGGUGCGGCGAGGCGGGCCAUGGGGAGGGGGAGGAGGAGGAGGAGGAGGAGGGGGAGGGUACCAGCGAGGACGAGGAGGGGGGAUUAGCCUCAAGAGCGGCUGGGACGUCGUCAACCUCUUCCUCGUGGCGUUCGCCAUCCUGUGCGGCCUGCUUGGCCGCGCCGGCGACGGGGAGUCCUCUUCCGGCUCGGCUUCUACCGCGGCGGCGGCGGGGGCGGCGUCCGAGGGUGGCAGGAGAGAGCAUCAGGUCUCGCCGUCCUUGGCGGCGGCGCCGGCUGCCGAGGCUGUGGGGGAGGAGCCGUCGACCGCCGAGGUGUGGGCGAGUCUGAACACGUCGGCGGCGGCGAGCUACGGCGGCAACAACCACUACGGGAGCACGGGGAUCCGACGGUUGAAGAGCAGCAGCUCGUACCCGGAGCUGCGGCUCGACAGCGACGGCGUCUGGGGCCUCACGUCGCCGGAGGCGGCGUGGCGGUUCUACGACGACGCCGAGCUUUACCGGACGCGGCGGCCUGAGCGGAGCUGGGACGUGGACGCGCCGCAAAAGCGAACAACGACGACGCCGGAGGUGAAGACGAUCCCUGUGGACACCUACGAGGUGCGCCGGAAAUCGCUCCCGCCCAAGGAAGAGCGGCGGCGGCGGCGGGGCAGCAUCGAGAGGCUCCCGAGCAUGGCCGAGAUCGCCGAGGAGGAGAGACCACACCCGCAGCCGCAACAACCGGUGGAGACGGUGACGCCGACGCCGCCGCCGCUGGCGAGGAGCAGGAGGUGGAAUCCCGAGAUGUUGGAGGUGGUGCUGGAGCAGGAGUCACGGGUGGAGGAGACGACGAUGCCGCCGCCGCCGCCGCCGCUGACGAGGAGCAGAAGGUGGAACUCCGAGAGGCUAGACGCGGUGCUCGAUCAGGUGGCGCGGGUGGAUGAGACGGCGAUGCCGCCGCCGCUGACGAGAAGCAGGAGGUGGAACUCCGAGAGGCUGGACCUGGACGCGGUGCUGGAUCAGGUGGCGCGGGUGGAGGAGGAGACGGUGAUGCCGACGCAGACGCUGGCGAGGAGCAGGACAUGGAAUCCCGAGAUGCUGGACGCGGCGCUGGAGCAGCAGCAGGACACGUUGAUGCCGCCGCCGACGCUGACGAGGAGCAGGAGGUGGAACUCGGAGAGGCUGGACGCGGUGCUGGAGGAGAUGAGGGUGGAAGAGGUGGCGCCGGCAGCGACGCCGCCACCACCUGCUCGGCCACGACGGCGCAGCCGCAGCGUCGAGAGCCUGCCAAGGACAGAGGAGUUGGAGGCAGAGAUAGUCGUGGAGGAGAUCAAGUACCCCCUCCCAUCGUCAUCGCCGGCCAUGUUCCCGCCGGGAACGCCGCCGCCGCCUCCUCCUCUGCCUCCGGCGACGGCGCCGCGGAGCAAGAAGAAGCGGAGCGGGAGCGUGGGCGGCGCCAAGGACCUCGCCUCCGCCAUUGCUACGUUCUACCAGAAGAAGCGCAAGAGCAUUGGCAUCAAGAGCAAGAAGAAGCAUCACCACAACCACCACCACCACCAUCACCUCUCCGAUGGCCACUACUCGUCGCCGUCGUCCGACGCCUCGGCGAGCCCUGACUCCACAGUCCGCACCACCAACCCCGCUCCGGCGCCGCCGCGGCGGCCGCCGCCCCCUCCCCCGCCGCCUCCAUCAUCCAUCUUCUACAACCUCUUCAAGAAAGGCGGCAGCAAGAGCCGCCGCAUCCACUCCGUCGCGCCGCCGCAGCCGCCUCCGCCACCUCCGCCCACCACGCGCCGAUCCAGGAAACCGCCACAGCCACCGUCCCGCCCCGCUCCUCCUCCACCGCCUCCGCCGCAGCAGCAGCCGCCGUUUUAUCCCAGGCGCGCUGUCGUCUACUACACCUACCCGCUCCCGCCGCCGUCGCCGCCGCUGCCACCGCCGCCUCCUCCUCCGCCGCCGCCAAUGUCGGAGGGGGAAGAGGAGGCGCCUCCUUCCGUCACGGCGUCGCCGGCGCCGGCGUACUGCGCGAGCCCCGACGUGAACGCGAAGGCCGACAAGUUCAUCGAGCGAUUCCGCGCGGGGCUUACGCUGGAGAAGAUCAACUCGUACCGCGAGAAGUGGCAGAGGCAGAUCCAAGACGACUCAUCGUCGGCCAUGGCCGUGGCCGAGGAGGAGGGAGAGUUCAUGGUCAUCGGCUCCCUCUUCGACGACGACGACGAAGAGGAUAUCAUCUCCUUGCCGGAGACGCCGGCGACCGCAACCGCCGUCGCCGUCGGCUUCUAACUACUAAGGUAGCGACGUGAGGUGUGGCACUGACCCUGAAAAAAAAAGAGAAAAAAAAGAAAAAAAUGGGGAAAAACAAAAAAAAAUACAUUUCAAUUUCGUUUUUGUUUUUGGGUUAUAUACCCAUCGGAUUUAUUCUCCAUUCUUGGGUAAUUAGGAGAAUCAACAGUUGAGUUAUUGAUCGCUAUUGGAGAGGAUCAAUGCAGCUAGAGUGUGUGAAAAGGGAGAGAUAUAAUUACUCCAUUGAACAGAGUGGUAGAGAGAGAGAGAGAGAGAGAGAGGGAGCAUUUUGUGCUUGUUUUAAAAUGGCCAAAAAGCUCUCUUGAUAUUGCAUUAGGGGAUUAACUUGAUGUGAAUUACUACAUAUGUUUGGACAUUUUUGUGUUUGUACUUUGUAAUAUACCAACAAAAAGUAAUAGAGCUUUACUUUUUUUUUCUUUUUUUUAA